AUGCCUCCAAGGCCAAUAAAUAACUUUGCUGGUAAUAAUCAAAUACCACCUAAUAAUCCUAUUCAGAACAUUACCAAUCAAAAUCAAAUGCCAGUUAAUAUUACUCAUAAGAAUUCUAUUAGACACAAUACAAUGCCAACUAAAAAUAUUGCACAGAACUAUGUUACUCAAUAUCCAAUGCCUCCAAGGCCAAUUAAUAACUUCGUCGCUAAAAAUCAUUUACCGAAUAAUUUUGUUCAAAACCAAGCUUUUAAUUUUACUCAACAACAACCGGUUAUUGUUAAUAACCCUGCUCAAAAUUUUAUCCAGCAACCACUUAAUCCCUUUCCUAACAGCGAUUACUUCUAUUCUACUGACGUUAUGAACUUGUGCCCAAAAAUACAACAAUGCUGUGAGGUUGGAGAAAGAUAUAAAGAAGAAUAUGGAACUUCAUUAGGUUUUGAAUAUACUGGUGAAUGUCAUGCCAGCUAUCAUGCUGGAUUCGGUGACGUUGAAGGAUUGCGUCAUCAUUUUGCCUGCGGUGCGAAUGUUGAUGGAAUUUAUCGUUUCAUAAAUACAGUGGAACAUCUUGUAAUAAUCGCCGCAAAAUAUUGUAAUAGUAGAUGGAAAUUGAUUGAAAUAUUUAAACUUUUAAAAGAAUAUAACGCGAAUUUCAGAUACGUUUCAAGUAACACUGGAAAAACUGCAUUGCAUUAUUUAUACGAAAAUACAUCCUUUACCAGAGAUCUUAAUGAUCAUAUAGGAUUACAAAAGUUUCAUACGUAUAUGAAAGAAGCAAUAGAGGUUUUAGUUAAAAAUGGCUGUAAUAUUAAUGCUAUGGACAAUUUUAGGCAUACAAUAUUAUCGUACUAUUUAAGUGACAGAUUUAGACACAAAGAGUACGCACCGAUUAUUUUCUUUUUACUAAAAAAAGGAGCAAAUCCAAAUAUUCCAUCAAGAAUCACAGGAGUAUCUCCUUAUAAUGCACCUAAUGCAUUGUUUUUGGCCGUAAAGAUAGGUUGGCCAAUCGAGGUGCUUAAUGGACUACUUGAUUACGGAGCAAAGGGUGACAUAAAAGAUCAUCAUGGAGAGAAUCUGUUAGUUUUGGCUGCUAGAGAAAAGCAAUCUGCUACAAUUGAUUGGAUAUUGGAAACAAUUCCUGAAACUAGUACUAGUGACUUUAUAUUAGCUGCUAUGAAACUCGCAGACAAAAAAGACAGAAACAAACUUUCGAAAUGGAAAGGACCUGAAGGAGAGAGUAGACGACGAUUAGUUUUAGAAAAUUUAGAACUUAAGAGGCAGUUAAGAACAAAAAAUGUAUCUUUGUAA